AUGCCAUCGCAGAUCUUCCGCAAUGUGAUGGAUUACGGAGCCAAGGGUGAUGGUGUCACUGAUGACACUGCGGCCAUCAACAAAGCCAUCAAGGACGGCAAGCGAUGUGGAGAGGCCUGCAACGGCUCUACUACCAAGAACGCCAUUGUCUACUUUCCUCCCGGGACGUAUUUGGUUUCCAGUCCCAUCAUUGUCUACUUUGGCACUCAGAUGAUUGGCGAUGCCAACGACCGUCCAACCAUCAAGGCGGCUGCCAGCUUUGUUGGUCUUGGGGUUCUUUCGACAGACGUGUACAUGGGCGAUGGUGCUGGGGCCGAUGGUAAGGACAAUGAGUGGUAUGUCAAUACGGCAUCGUUCUACAGGCAGAUUCGGAACUUCAAGAUCGACGUCGCCUCAACUGACCCCAACGCCUACGUCUGCGCACUACACUACCAAGUCGCGCAAGCUACCAGCCUUCAGUUUGUUGAGCUAAUUGCCAAGACUGGAACCACACAGCAGGGGUUAUAUGCGGAGAAUGGUAGCGGUGGCGUGCUGGCUGACAUCACUUUCACUGGAGGAAACUUCGGCAUCUAUGCCGGAAGUCAGCAAUUCACUGCCCAACGUCUGACUUUCAACGGCUGCAAUACGGCAGUCCAGAUCAUCUGGGAUUGGGGUUGGGUCUGGAAGGGCAUCACCGUCACAGACUCGAGCACUGGUUUUCGUCUUGUCAACGAUGGCGGUGACGGAAACGUUGGAUCCGCCGCUUUCAUGGAUACCUCGUUCACGAACGUGAAGCAAGCCAUCGUAGUUGCCCCGCCUUCUUCCACCCCUGCUACUGGAUCGACAGGUCUUCUUCUCGACAACAUCGGCUUCAGCGGUGUCAGUCAGGGAGUUGCAGAUACGACUGGGAAGACUCUCCUUGACGGCUCUAGCAGCGUUUUGAGCUGGGUUUUGGGACCUAUCUACAACGGCACCGAGCGCACAUGGAGUUCAGGGUCUUCACACGAAUGGAUGGGUAUUCUACCUUUGCUUGGCGAGAAGACCAUAGACGGCCUGCCGAACCUGCCGUACUUCGAUAAGGCGAAGCCUCAGUACGAAGGCCAUUCUACCGGAGACUUCAUUCAUUUGAAAGACUACGCUAAAGGUGAUGGCUCCACCGACGAUACUGCUGGUGUUCAAAACGCUUUCAACAGUGCAGGCGGCAAGAUCAUUUUCGCCGACGCUGGGGUUUAUUUGUUGUCGGAUACGGUCACCAUCCCGGCUGGAACCAAGAUUGUAGGUGAGACGUGGACACAGUUUGCGGCAACUGGAUCAAAGUUUGGGGACUCUAGCAAGCCAAUUCCUAUGCUACGAGUUGGAAAUAUCGGAGACGUUGGAUCAGUUGAGAUGCAAGAUCUCAUGUUCACCACCGUCGGACCGACUCCUGGUGCUAUCCUCGUUGAGUGGAACAUCAACGCCGACAGCCAGGGAUCUGCUGGACUGUGGGUUUAUACGGCCCGAGGACUUCUCAUCGAAAGCACAGAGGCCGUUUGGCUGUACGGUACCGCGUCUGAGCACGCCGUGUACUACCAGUACAACUUGUUUGGUGCCCAGAACGUUUUCGCUGGUCUUUUGCAAACGGAGUCCCCGUAUUACCAGCCCAUGCCAACUGCUCCAAGUCCGUACAAGGCCGAGGUCGGAGUCGUUCGCGGCGAUCCCAAGUAUGACUGCAGCGGUACCGACUUUGACGGUUGCGACUCGUCAUGGGGCCUGCUUGUCAGCACUUCUCAAGAUGUCUAUAUUGCUUCAGCAGGCAUCUAUUCGUGGUUUGAUGACUAUAGUCAAGAUUGCAUUGAUGUCCACACCUGUCAAAAGGUCCUGGUGAACUUCUCUGAAAACUAUCAUCGAGUUCGUCUCCAGCAGCUCAUCACCAUUGGCGCUCAAUAUUCCCUCGUCUCCGAUGGCAAGGGUAUCUUGGCCACGGACAAUUUGGCAAUUUCUGUUCAUCCUGCCUGGUCACAAAUUUCUUUAUUUGAUGCUACAUCCGCAGGUGACGCCGACAUUGACGUCGGCGAUAUCGCAGUCGACAUGCCGCCCUGCAACGACCCGAAUCAUUGGGUGACAUUGGAUGAUCUUUACGCAGCCAUGGGGUCCUUUCCUGACUACUGCGUUGCUCUCUACGCAACUCAGAUCCUGUACAGGAUGGUGGAUACUACCUUGGAAAACUAUACUUCCGUCGAUAACGGCUACGACAGUAAAUUUGACUCUUACGUCAAGUAUACCAAGGAAAUGAUCCCGACUCAACUCGAUGAGUUCAUGAACCUCGAAGACGGCGCCGGCAACAAGUACUUCACAUGCACUUUUGCCGAGAACGGUCGCAAUGAGACAUCCCAGAAGUGCCCCUUUGGCAACUGGAUCAACACAUAUGACGAAUUUACCAUCUACUACACUUUAGACGACGAGGCAGGCUUCUUCAAUGAGCUGCAAUCAACAUACGGUAUCAUCCCCGCCUGGGUCAAGUUCAGUGAGAAGAUCGACCAGGUGACGUGCACCGGCAGUGCGGCGACCUGCACGCGCACCAAAUAUGUCUACGAGGGUCGCCCAUUACCUGCAGACAGCAUUACGGUGGCGAACCCCAAAGACAUCAUCAGCCAGGCUCUCCCGGGCUUUACCAACCUUCGCUCCACCCUCGCCAGCAUGUUCUUUCAGAUGAAGCUCGGCAUCUGGGACGGCGUCAACGAUGAAGUCAUCUCGGUGCUCAGUAUUCCUGUGUCGCUCGCCCAACAGGCAGUCGAAAGCAUGGCGCAGGUCGCAGUCAUUGGAGAAGAGGCAGCUGAAGAGGAGAAGAAGGAACUCAUCUUGACCAUCUUGAGCGUUGUGUUUCUCGUCAUCCCGUUUGCUGGCGAGGUCCUCGGUCCCGAACUCGAUGCUACCAUCCUGACGUUUGGGCGGAUCAUCGAUCUUAUUGGUGCUGGUGGGAAUACCGCGUUAGCAUUUUACGACAUUGCGAAAGAGCCGACCUCCGCGCCGAUGGAGAUGUUGGGGCUCUUGAUGGCAGGUGGCCUCGGGCGUGACUCCUCCGAGAUGGGUAAGCUGGCUAAGGCGAGACGGGAUAUGACUGAAGUCGACCUUGGCAAGAUCGGGACCAUCUUCAAGAAGAACGAUGAUGUUAUCCAGAACAUCAUUCACAAGUGCAGCAAUCCGGUGGUUCAUUAA